AUGAUGAGCAAGGACAGUGUGGUGAAAGAGCUGAUUCAAGGCCAAGACUUUGCAACUCAACUUCAAAUUCUUUUCAAGAAACCUCAAGGGGAUGAUGCUUUUUUCACUUUGCAACAUCAACUUGUACUCCACAUCUUAACAUCUUUCACUCAGGCUCUUUCUCUGCUUUCUGCUGAGGUUUGUGAGAUGAAUCUAGCUCCUACAUCGCAAGUGGACUCAGUUGGUUGUGAUGACCGGAGGUCUGAAGCUUCAGGUGAGAGCAGGAAGAGAGCUAAUUGUAAGGACGGGAGAGGUUCUCACAAGAGAAAAAAGAGUUCAGAGUCGUGGGCAACUGUCUCUGCCUCGAUUGAAGAUGGUCGUGCUUGGAGAAAAUACGGGCAGAAGCAGAUCCUCAAUGCUAAGUAUAUGAGGAGUUACUUUAGGUGCACACACAAGUAUGAUCGAGGUUGCAAAGCAACAAAACAAGUUCAGAAAAUGGAACAAGACCCGCAAGUGUACUGCACAACUUACAUUGGCCAUCAUACCUGCAGGGACGACUUGAUUCUUGAUAACAAUCUCUCGGAAUCUAUUGUUGUAAGGCAAGAAUGCAAUGAAGAAGAAACCUCAACUCAUAUAACCGACUCUAUGAUGGUGUGGAAAGAUUUUGUGGCAUUUGAGUCGCCUACCUGCUUCAGUUUGCCUCAUUCCACAGAGGACACUUGUCAAAGUUUCAACAUUGCUACUUCUGUGGAUUUUGAUAGUGAUUUUCAUUUUGAUGAAAUCGAACUUUUUGCUAAUGAAGAUAUAUAA